UAUAUCAUGAUUUUGGGGUUGACAAAAAAAAAAAAAAAUCAUGAUUUUGGGUUCAUUUGGUAGGCUUAAUAUAAAUGAAAGCAGGGCCCAAAUAUGUAUUUGUGGCCCAUACGAUCUAUUAGGGCCAUUUUAGUAAUUUAAGUUCACUAUAAAUUCAACAAGAAGCUAGGGCUUUGUUGUAUUUGUAUCGCCAUAAGCAACUCUAGCCGAGCAGAUCUAUCCGACGCAGUUUGUACAGAGAUGGCCAAGUCGAAGAAUCACACAGCGCAUAACCAGUCUGCUAAGGCACACAAGAACGGAAUCAAGAAGCCUAGGAGACACCGUCACACUCCCACCAGAGGAAUGGACCCUAAGUUCUUGAGGAACCAGAGGUACGCGAGGAAGCACAACGUCAAGAGCGGAGAGAAUGCUAGCGUUGAAGGAUAAGCUUUUGAUUUUUUUUGUCUGAGAAUACAUUUUGUGUUUUUUUCUUUAAUGAAGUUGAGACAGUUUCAGUUCGGUUUUGGAUUAUGUUUAUGUACCCUUGAUUUAAUAUCAUUAUUCUCUUAUAUUUUGCAUU